UUGUGUAACCUUUUCUUUUACUUUGAUCUGGAUUGCCUUCAAUUUUGUUGACUGGUUUGUUGGAGUUGAUGCCAAGUGAAUUAGCCUGUUUCUAGUUGCCCACCUUUUGCUAUUUUCUGUUGGUUAGGGCUCCUCAAUUCGAAUGAUGAAAAUCCCCAAAAUUUUUGGCAGGAGUCAUUCUCUUACCACUCUGAAUGAUCACAAUGCGCGUAUCACUUGUAUGAGGUGAGAUGUUGUUUCCCCUUACAGAAACUUCAUUGUUUAGGAGUGAAGGGAAAAAAUCUGGAAAUUUUUUGGUAACUUCGAGUUCUGAUCACUCGAUUCGAUUGUGGUGGAAGGGUUCUUGUCAGAAAUGUUUUCGAGGUCAUAGCCAGUAUAGCCGUGACAUUCUUUCUAAGUUCAUCAAACCUAGAUAUCAUAAGGAUAUGGAAUAUUUAGACUGGUUGAAUUCAGAGUUGGACCUUUAGAACAUACAAGCACUUUGAAACAUAGAUUCUGAUAUCCAGUUCUAUUUUGAUAGCAUUUUGCUGUGGUGUCAACACUUUGUAAAUUCAUGUGCUCACGUGGAAGUCUUUCCAGUAAUUACGAAAAUAUUGCCUCAAUUCUUGUAGCAUCAUCUCUGUUUUAACACACAGUAACCUUCUUUUUUAUUUCUGUAGAGAACUCUCUCAUUACUAUGAUGAUAUGUUCUAAUGUUUUUCUUCUUCUCUUGGUCGUUGCACCCAGACAUAAGACUUCUCUUUUAGUGAGCAUUGCAAGAGAUUCCAAGGUCAGAGUUUGGAAUGUAACUGCACCGACUAUCCGUUCAUCAUGUUGCGUUGGAUUAACUUCUCUUCCUGGUGCUCCUAUAAACAUUAAGUGCCAUGAAUCCUUGCUCUAUGCUGCUACAAGUUCCUCCGUUGUUGCUGUCGAUUUAAGGACUAUGCAGAAAGUUCUAACUGCUGCAGCUUAUCAACCAUUUCUAUACUCAUUCGAGAUGAUUCCCUCUAAAUCCUUAAUAUGCACAGGUGGUAGAGGAAGGCAUAUAUUGAAGAUGCUUAGGCUAGUUGAGAAACUGUUGAUGUAAACGUCUGGGAGGCAGAUUCGGGUGCACACGCAAAUUCAUUGAGCUGCUGGUUCACUGAAAGUACGGACAGCAGCACUACAUUGUCCUCUAUGGCUGUUAAUGGGUGUAGAAUUGUCACUGCCUGCUAUGCUGAAGAUCUGGGACUUCUACGCUGCAGGGACUACACCAAUGCUCCUUGUCCCAUUGUUAGACACGACGAGGUUGUCUCCAAAUUUUGGGAUUCACAAUGCUACGACGACAACAACGAUAACUCCGACGUGUAGUACAUCAUUUGUAAGUUGUAUAUAAUUUCGUUUUCUCUUGUGCUUACGAUCUUGGUUUUGUCAACUUGUGCACAAUUCAGUUGAUUAAGAUAUAUACCAUCAAUCAAGAGAUUGAAAGUUC